GUCCCCAUUGAUAACCACCCCGGAUGUUUUCCUUAUCCCAUCCAAACAAUGUCUAGAGCCAGUGUUAGGAAAAAUGUUCUGGAGACGAACAAAUAUCUCAAUGAGAAGGAUAAGUCAAGCCAAAGUUUCUUGUCCAGGCACCUGAAGAAGAUAUACCCGAUCGGCCUCAACCGAAGCAACUCAUCCCUCUCGCUCUCGUCCCUCUCCUUGUCGCUGUCCCAGAACUCCAACGACUCGUCCCUUACGGAGCCCUCUUCCCCACUGGAUCACAAGAUAUCAUUGGCCCUACGCCUCAUCCGCCCACCGGAGAGAAGAUCAGGAAUCACUACGCCAUUCCCUAGGACUGUUCGGUCAGCACAGAAUCUAAACGUUCAGCCCGGAAGUCCGACUCCAAGUGAUGGUGGGGAGGUGAGGAGAUGCAACUGGAUUACAAAGAACAGCGAUGAAGUUUACGUGUCGUUUCAUGAUGAGUGCUGGGGAGUCCCGGUUUACGAUGAUCGUCAGCUGUUCGAGCUACUUGCCAUGUCAGGCAUGCUGAUGGACUACAAUUGGACAGAAAUUUUGAAAAGAAAGCAAUUAUAUAGAGAAGCUUUUGCUGAAUUUGAUCCUAACAUUGUUGCCAAAAUGGGAGAUGAUGAGGUUGAAGAAAUAUCCUCCAACAAGGCAAUGAUGUUAGCAGAGAGCAGAGUAAGGUGCAUUAUAGACAAUGCCAAAUGCAUUUUGAAGGUCGUGAGCGAGCUCGGAUCGUUCAGCAGCUACAUGUGGAGCUACGUGAACCACAAGCCGACGAUCAACCGGUUCAAGUACCCGAGGAACGUCCCUCUCAGGACUCCCAAAGCCGAGAUCAUAAGCAAAGACCUGCAGAAGCGAGGGUUCCGUCUCGUCGGCCCUGUGAUCGUGUACUCCUUCAUGCAAGCCGCGGGCUUGACGAUCGACCAUCUCGUGGACUGCUACCGAUACAACGAAUGCAUAAACUUAGCCGAACGGCCGUGGCGGCAUAUAUGAACCGCCUCGGCCGAGAGGUUCACCGUUUUCCUUCUUCCCCAUACAAAGGCAAAGGACCUGAUUUCAAGAAUUAGCCCAACUAAUGUGUAGAUAGUAAGCGACUAUCUGAAACUGAAAUACGUUAUACGACCUUCGUAUCUCUGUCUAUGUACACUUUUUUUUUAUUUUUAUCAGUGAAUCUUUUGUCUUUUUUCCGAUUUCGUGCGCCUGUUUUGGUUCUUUACAGCAAUUGGGAAACUGAACAAAGGAGGGCUCCUUUCGUGAAUGCUGUCGUCGUCCCGUGUAGAAUUGCGCAGCGCACAUGGCCCAUCAUGUCGUGCCGGCAACAGGACGCGACAGCAUAGACCACUCUCUUUCUCUCUUUUUUGUUGCUCGAAUGGAAGUGCAAAGUUAAAAUUAAUGAAACGUCAGUGUCUUCGUAUAA